AUGUCCAGAGAACAAGCGUUGGCAGACCACAUCUUCGGACUCCCCCAGCACCAGCUUGAGGCCGUCAGAGGCCACCCUGCCAAGGUGUGUGAAUUAAUCGAGCAGUUCUCAGCCCAGCACCUGCUCACCAUAACUAGCCCCCAGCGAGCAGCAGCAGUGGUGGUCCACCUCAAGGCUCAGUACAAGAAAAAUCCACCCAAAGUGAUGCUUGAGCUUGGAGGCUACAUUGGCUAUUCUGCCAUCCUCUUCAGCCAUCAGUUGGCUCCCGAUUCGUACGCCCAAUACUACUCGUUUGAGAGCAACAAGGAGCACGCCAAAAUCGCUCGCCAGCUAGUUGAUUUGGCAGGCUUGACCAACCGUAUCGAGAUUGUUGACGGCAAGGCCUCAAACUCGUUGCAGAGUCUUGGAAACAAGGUGGCUCGUCUUUCGUAUGUGGCACCUGCUUUCGUGUACUUGGACCAUGGAAAGGAGUUGUUCAUUCCCGAUUUGCGGGUGCUCGAAACAUUGAACUUGAUAGCGCCUGGAACCGUGGUGGUGGCAGCAAAUAGCUAUGCUGGUGGGGUUCCCGAGUACGUGAGGUACGUACGAGGAACUCCAGCUGAGAGGAGAGAGUACAACUACGACGUGCGCAAUGUCAGUGGAAAAAUCAUGCCUGGGCGGUGGAACAUGUUGUACGAGUCGAAAGGGAUCGAGCUUGACGACGAGGGGCUCGAGAUCACCCGGUGCAUCGACUAUCUUAAUGGGUAG